AUGUCAAGAAAGCACCUUCUGUUCAUGGCCCUCAUCCUGUCAGCAAUUCUGUACACGACCAUACACCUCCUGCCGAUCCGCACGGUAACGAGCACAACAACACGUGCGAGCACGUACCCGUCCGGGCUGCUCAUGCUGAGCGUGUACGCCACGCCCGUGCUGCUGUUCGCAUGGCUCAUCUACAAGAAAAAGCUGAACAGCACCGUGUUUACCGUGUACUACGCCGGUCUGCUGCUCACCGACACGCUUACGCAUGCGAUCAAACUUGUGGUGCGGGAGAAACGGCCGUAUUGGCAGGAGGAGCGCCAUGGGAUAGAGUCCUUUCCAUCGGGCCACAGCAGUGAUAUGUUCUAUAUGGCCGUGAUGUGCAUGAGCGAAUGGAUUGUUUGUACGGUGCUUUUUUAUGCAUGGGCGUUUGCUGUGAGCAUUUCUAGGGUGGUGGAUGGCAAGCAUUUUGUGUGGGAUGUGGUUGGUGGUGCUGUGCUGGGAUGCGUGAUAGGACUGGGGAUGAAGAGGGUGUUUGGCUGUUUGUACGUUAAGUGA